GGACGUGGGGAGCGGCGGCGUGCUGUGCCUCAGUUUCCCGGCCCCGAAAGGCGGCCGGGGCCACGUGGAGAAGCGCUCGUUUCUGGCAUCCAGCGGGACGCUGUGUGGAAGGGACAGGUGCGGUUUCUGGAAUUCCCCCUCGGUCCUCGCCGGGUGCGGAGAACGACUGGCACUCCCGAGACCUCACAGCGGGUUCCGGCCGCGCCCCUUCCCAAGGCCGUGACCUUGAGCGAGUCCCCUGCGCCGCUGGGCCCAUGUGCUCCCGCAGGUGAAGUAGUAUUAACGGUUCCUCGUCCGGGUUGAGGGCCCUGGAAAGCCUACGUGGGUGACGUGUGUCCCCCGGUGCCCCGCAGGGCUCUGGGGGCUCUUUCCACGGAGAUGCCUCCUGAGCCUGUGUUGAUCGCGGAGGCGCGACCCGGCGGGAGUCCGACUCUUGCGCCUUGCCGGCCUCUAGCCUCUACCAGGCUGGGGCGGGGGUGGAGGAUGCGGACGCAGUUUCUGGAAUUGCCGCUGUGCUUGGGCGGAGAGGUGGAAGCCUCUCCUGGCUGAGAGCCAGGGCGGCCUAGGAGUUUCCGUUCACGGCACACGGAACCGGCUUUCCCUGACAGUAGCGGACCUGUUUUCUUAUCGAAGACAUUCAGUUAGCUUUGACCAGGGAGUCCAUCCACACGGUCGGUGCCAGUCGUGUGCGGGCGUGGGAUGUCCCCUUGCACGCACAUGCACAGGGAGCUCCGGGGACACGCUAGCAGUCGCCCCAAGCCCCCCCUUCAUGGCCUAGACCGUUGUCAGCACACGUCUUCCUCCCAUCCGCAGGGCGCCGCCCCUCACUUUUAUUUCAGACCCACCCUGUUGCCCCGUGCGAAGUUCACUAUCAUCUCUUCAGUCUUCUUGCUCCAUUGUUUUGUCUUUGGAAUCUUUAGGGCCCUCUGACAUGGUCUUGCUGAUUUUAGUUGCUUGUUCAGGAUCUGUUUCCAGCCCCGGAUCGUGAGCGCCUGUUGCUGCUCUGUGCCAAGACCUAGAACGGCCUGGGCUUGUAAAAGGUACUCAAUAAAUGGUUGAAUGAGUGAAUGGGUCUCCCACUCAGGGGCUCCCAUCAAACUUGUACUAAAUGCACACAAACCCACCGUGGCCUUCAAGGCUGUGCUGGAUCCGCAGGGGAGACACCUCCCGGCUCCUCCCCUUCCCUUCUCCUGCUCAGCGCACCCGGCUGGGUGGUGCUGAACUUGCAAAGUCUUUCCCAUUUUGCAGCCUUCCUCCUUGCACUUCCCUUCAUCCGACAGGCCUCUGCAGGGCUGUCUCUCCUGUGCAUCAGUGUCACCUACUACAAGAGCCUUUUCCUGGUUGUUUUAAUUCUGGCGAAGGUGCCCCUGGCCCCUACCUGCCUGUUUUCUGGAGACAGUGUCAUCUUUUGCCAGAUGUUCUGAUCCUGUCUCUAAUGUGAGAUUGCGGGCUUUCUAGAGCUGCCUAAGCCCCAGGGUGCGGGCUGUGACAUGGACGUGAUAGUGACAUUUACGUUGUGGGCUGUGGGAGGAUUAGGAAAAGUCACAAAAUACAUUGGACACAUUCGACCCUGGGCACUCGAGUGUCCACAUGUAAACCUUUUCGUUUUAGUUCUCAGAACUGCCUGGUGAAGUGGGAAUGAUUAUGGUAUCGAUGUGGAAACCAAGGCUUAGAGAAAUGAUGUGAUGUCCUCCCCACGGUCACAGCUGGCAAGUGUGGGAUUCAGUCUCUGGGAAUCUGGCUCCAGAACAAGGGACUUUUAGUCACACUUUACCUCAGUGGUUUUGGUUACCUUUAAGGACGUGGCUGUGACCUUCACCCAGGAAGAGUGGGGACAGCUGGAACUGGACCAGAGGGCCCUGUACCAGGAGGUGAUGCUGGAGACCUGUGGGCUUCUGGUCUCACUGGGGCACGAAGUCCCCGAAGCAGAGUUGACGCACCUGCUGGAACAUGGGCGGGAGCUGUGGGCUGGAAAGGGAGGCCUCUCGUGGAGCACCUGCCCAGGUGACAGCGCCAGACGUCGGACCAGAGACCCAAGCGCUUGUCAGCCGGUUUUGUCUGCGGGAGCCUGGCUCCGGGGAAGCCCGGCCCAGGGACCUUCAAGGGUCUCCAGGUUGGUGCAGGCCAGGGAUUGGGAAGGGCAUCUGGAAACGCAGAAAGGUCGACUGACGCCUGGGAGGGACGCUCACAAGACCCACCUUGAGAGAAUGAACCUUGAAGAUGACGGUUUGGGGACAGAGGACGAUCUGCACCUCCAGGUGUUGCAAAAGAGAGUCUCUCCGGGAGAGGUGCUCCGUGAGCGGGACCCACAGGGACCGGACAGAGGCUGCGCGCUUCGUGCGGGGGGUGACCUCUACAAAUGCAAGCAGUGUGGGAAAGGUUUUAACCGCAAGUGGUACCUCGCACGGCAUCAGCGGGUCCACACCGGCACGAAGCCCUACGAAUGCAACGCGUGCGGCAAAGCCUUCAGCCAGAGCUCGACCCUGAUCCGGCACUACCUCAUCCACACCGGGGAGAAACCAUACACGUGCCCGGAGUGCGGCAAGGCCUUCAAACGCAGGUCCUACCUCCUGCAGCACCGGCCGGUCCACACCGGGGAGAAGCCCUACGAGUGCGCCCAGUGUCGGAAGGCCUUCGCCCACCGCUCCACUUUCGUCCGGCACAGCCGCACCCACACGGGAGAGAAGCCCUUCGCGUGCAGGGCCUGCGAGCGGUCGUUCGGCAACCGAGCGCACCUGAUCCAGCACUACGUGGUGCACACGGGGCAGAAGCCGUACGAGUGCGCCGAGUGCGGCAAGGCCUUCCGCUGCGGCGCGGAGCUCCUGCAGCACCGGCGCGUGCACACCGGGGAGAGGCCUUUCGCGUGCGCCCAGUGCGGGAAGGCCUUCCACCGCAGCACCUACCUCCUGCAGCACUCGGUCGUCCACGCCGCGGAGGCGCCCCACCGCUGCCCCCAGUGCGGCAAGGCCUUCAAGCGCCGCUCCCACCUGCUGCAGCACCGGCGGGUGCACCCCUGAGGGGGCCCCUCGCGCCCUCCCCCGGCGCCGCUCGCCGCCGUGCAGAACGGCGGGGAGAUUUGCUUGGCCCUCGGACGCGUGAGCGGCCCCCCACCAUCGGACUCGAGCGGCGAACUGUGGGGGGCAGGGCACUCGGGCCGCCCCUGUCGGGGACGCACCGCGGAAGGAUGUUCCUGGCACAACCUAGGGGCCUCUAGCCAGAAGGGGCGCCUUCCCCGCCGUUGGCGAAUUCAGAACGAACGGGAGAUGUCAGUGUCGUUGCUGUGAGAAAACCCAUGACACG